UACCCAGAAACCAUGUCGCUCAGGCACAAGCUGGCUUCUUGCGCUAAGGGAGUGUUUCCCAUUUAAACAAACACAGGGCUGAAGAUGGCGGAGAGUUAAUAGUGGAAAAAAGAAACUGGUGUGCUGAAAGGAAUACGUUGGAAUUGGAUGUGAAGCUGAAUGAAGCUUGGUUUCCUCAUUCUCCACUGCUGAAGAGGUGCUGAUAUGUGUACAAGAUGAGCGGACUGGGAGACAACUCCUUGGAGCCGCUCUGCUCGGACCGAAAACGCAAGCUCUCCACCUGUGACACGCCCGGACUCGGGUGCGACAAGAGACGGCGGGAGCAGGAGAGCAAGUACAUCGAGGAGCUGGCCGAGCUGAUCUCCGCCAACCUCGGCGACAUCGACAACUUCAACGUCAAGCCGGACAAGUGCGCCAUCCUCAAGGAGACGGUGCGGCAGAUCCGACAGAUUAAAGAGCAAGGGAAAGCCUCCUCUAACGAUGAUGACGUUCAGAAGGCUGACGUGUCCUCCACGGGUCAGGGGGUCAUUGACAAGGACCAUCUGGGGCCACUUCUACUGCAGGCCCUGGACGGCUUCCUCUUUGUGGUCAACCGAGAAGGCAGCAUCGUCUUUGUGUCGGACAACGUGACGCAGUACCUGCAGUACAAACAGGAAGAGCUGAUCAACACCAGCGUCUACAACAUCCUCCACGAGGGCGACCAGGAGGAGUUCCACAAGAACCUGCCCAAGUCCAACAUGAACGGCGUGUCCUGGGGGGCUGAGGCGCCCAGACAGAAGAGCCACACGUUCAACUGCCGCAUGCUGGUGAAGUACUGCCACGGCCCUCCAGAGGAGGGCGCCAGCAGCCCGCGCUACGAGACCAUGCAGUGCUUCGCCCUCACCCAGCCCAAAGCCAUGAUGGAGGAGGGGGAAGACCUGCAGUCCUGCAUGAUCUGCGUGGCCCGCCGGGUGACUGCGGUGGAGAGGACCGAGAGCUUCAUCACCCGACACGAGCUCUCAGGCAAGCUGAUCCAGAUCGACCACAACUCCCUGCGCGCCUCCAUGCGGCCCGGCUGGGAGGACCUGUGGCGCAGGUGCAUCCAGAUGUUCCUGCACCACAGCGAGGGCCAGCCCUGGUCACACCGCCGGCACUACCACGAAGCCUUCCUGCAGGGCCACGCCGAGACCCCCCUGUACCGCUUCUCCCUGUCCGACGGGUCUCCGGUCACGGCGCAAACCAAGAGCAAGCUGUGCCGCCACAGUAUGACCAAUGAGCCUCAGGGCUUCAUAUCCACACACCUGCUGCAGAGGGAGCAGAAUGGAUAUCGCACCAGCCAGGCUGGCAUGAUGCAGGGCGGAAUGAGGCCGCAGGGAAUGGGCAACGCCAACCCCAACCCCAACCCCAAUGCCCAAAUGAACAUGCCCCCUGGGGGCGGGAUGGGCAUGGGCAUGAACAGGGGCUAUGGCAUGAACGAGCAGGGUCACAUGGGCCAAACGGGAAACUCCAUGUACAGUGGCAGCAACAGGAUGAUGCAGAUGAAUCAAGUCAACCAGAUGAAUCAGAUGAAUCAGAUGAAUCCAAUGAAUCAAAUGAAUCCAAUGAACCAGAUGAAUCCAAUGAGUCAGAUGAAUCAAAUGAAUCAGAUGAACCAAAUGAAUCAGAUGAAUCACCUAGGACCCGGAAUGCCGCAGCAGCAGCAGCAUCCUCCCUUCCAGGGCGGGGCAUAUGGGCUGGGCAUGAACAGCCCCUCCCAGAGCAGUCCAGGCAUGAACGUCCCCCAGCAGAACCUCAUGAUGUCCCCCAGGACGCGAGGGAGUCCAAAAAUGGGUGCCAGCCAGUUCUCUCCAGGAGGGAUGCCCUCUCCCAUGGGCCCGGGCAGCUCUGGAGGAGGGGGAGGAGGUGGGGGCCCAGGGGGGAGCAGCACCUUCUCCAGCAGCUCCCUCAAUGCACUGCAAGCCAUCAGCGAAGGGGUGGGCAACUCGCUGUCGUCUGCUCUGACCUCACCAGCACACAAACCCGACAGCUCUCCCAGCAUCAACUCCUCGCAACAAGCUCAGCAGCAGCAGCAUCAACAGCAGCAACAGCACCAACAGCAGCAACAACAGCAGCAACAACAUCAACAGCAACAACAUCAACAGCAGCAGCAACAACAGCAACAACAUCAACAGCAGCAGCAACAACAGCAACAACAUCAACAGCAGCAGCAGCAACAGCAGCAGCAGCAGCAGCAGGCCCAGUGUAAGCCAGGUCAUGUGGACUCCAAAAGCCCAUACAGUGCUGGUGGGGACCACCACCACCACCUGCACCAUCACCACCACACCCCCUCCGCUGACAACACCGGGGAGAGGCCCGACAGCCAGGCGGGCCUCCACAGCAGCAAGGAGGGCGGCGAGAAGGCCCCAGCGGGCCCCGCCAGCACCGAACCCCACAGGCGGGUCCCCGAGAGCAAGGGCCACAAGAAGCUCCUGCAGCUCCUGACCACGCCCACUGAGGAGCUGGGCCUCGGAGCCAGCGGCGGGCCGCCCGCCCCCCCGGCCGCUGUCAGCACCCCCGCGGCCGCCGAUACCAAGGAUCCCGCCGGCUGCGUCACCAGCCCCACAUCCACCGGAGUCUCCUCCUCCUCUUCCUCCUCUGGGCAGGCCUCCGGGGGUGUGUCCUCCUCCGGCUCCGCCCACUACGCCGCCUCCCUGCAAGAGAAGCACAAGAUCCUCCACAAGCUCCUGCAGAACGGGAACACCCCGGACGAGGUGGCCAAGAUCACAGCCGAGGCCACGGGCAAGGCAUCGGGCCAGGCCCACGAGCCGGCGGGGGCGGAGCCGGGCGGGGCAGGGGCCGCGGGCGGGGGCUCAUCGGGGCCGGGGGCCACGGACACCAAGCAGGAGCAGCACAGCCCCAAGAAAGAGAAGACCCACGCCCUGCUGCACUACCUUCUGAACAAGGAUGACUCCAAAGAGCCCGCCGACAUCAAGCCAAAGCUGGAGGACCUGGAGGGCAAGGCCGGCCCGGGGGCCUGCAGCGGCUCCGCCAUCGCCGCCUCCACCCCCGAAAACGUGGAGAACAAGAUCAAGACUGAGCCCAGCGACGAGCUGGACACCCUAGAGACCAUCUUAGGAGGCCUGAGGAACUCAGGUUCCGGGUUCUACCCCGAGGCAGGAGCAGGAGGGGGAACCGACGGCGGCAACAAGCGGCAGAACUGCCCUGACGAUGGCGCGCAGGGCAUGCCGACGGGCCCGCGCGCCCCGUUCCAGAGGGCCGUGUCCGUGGACGGGAAGCCGACCGGUGGGACGGGCGGGGCGGGGCGGCGCAGCGCCCCCUGUUCCAUGCUCAUCAAGCAGGAGAACAUGGACAGCCAGCGCAUGAUCGGGGGCCCCGAAAACUUCCCAGGGAACAUGGGAAUGAUGAACAGGGGAAUGGGCGUUCCCCAGCGCUCUCCCAUGGGCGGCUCCGGCGACUGGGGGAUGUCGAGGUCGAGCGGCAGUCCGGUCGGGUCCGCGGGACACCCUUCCAUGAUCCGCCCCGGGAUGGACUACAACUCCAAAGCCAUGAUGGGAAGUCCCAUGGUGGGCAGGUCAAACAGCGUUCCAGGCAACAGGUCAAUGCUGCAGCAGCAGCUGAUGGAAAUGGGUCCGAAUGACAUGAACAUGGGCAUGAGUCCCUUCAGCCAGCAGGGACCCAGCCAGUCCCCCUCCUGGUCUGAUGGUGUGAUGGGAAUGGACAACAGCCACAGCAGGCCGCAGUUUGGGAACCCCCUGGACGAGCUGCUGGUGCCCCCCUCCACCAGCGAGGGGCAGAGCGACGAGCGGGCCCUCCUGGACCAGCUGGACUCGCUGCUCAACAACACGGACGUGAUGGCGCUGGAGGAGAUCGACCGCGCGCUGGGCAUCCCGGAUCUGGUCAGCCAGGGGCAGGGCGGGGAGCAGCAGACAGAGCCUUUCCCUGGGCAGGAUCCCUCCAUGGUGAUGGAGCAGAAGCCCAUGUACAGCCAGGGCUACCCAGGCCCCCCGGGCAUGGCAAUGCAGCCGGGCUACAGCAGCAACCCCAUGCAGGGCCAGCCGGGCGGCUUCAACCCCAUGAUGAACCAGAUGGGCCCGCAGGGCAACUUCCCCAUGGCGGGCAUGCACCCCCGCGCCAGCAUGCGCCCCCGCAUGAUCAGCGCCGCCAAGCCCAUGCGACUGCAGCUGCAGCAGAGACUGCAAGGCCAGCAGUUCAUGAACCAGAGUCGCCAGGGCAACGCAGCAGGGGGGAACCCUGUGCUUCGACCGGGCAUGCAGCCAGGCAUGGGAGCACAGCCUGGGUUCCUGAAUGCCCAGAUGAUGGCACAGAGGAGCAGAGAGAUCAUGAACCACCAGCUGAGGAGGCAGAGGAUGAUGAUUCUGAUGCAACAGAAGCAGCAGCAGGCUGCGGCUGCCGCCGCGGGGGGGUUCAGCCCUCCUCCCAACGUCACCGCCCCCGCCGGGAUGGACAACCCAAUGGGUGGGCCCCCCAUGAACCAGCCGGGACAGCAGCAGUUCGCCUAUGGGGGUAACUAUGGGAUGAGCCAGCAAGGGGACCCCUCAUUUGUCCGUUCAGCUGGCAGCCCGCCCAACGCGAUGAUGUCAGGUCGCCUGGGCCCGCCUCAGAAUCCCAUGAUGCAACAGCACCCCCAGGGCGGCCCCAUGUACCAGACAGCAGAGAUGAAGGGCUGGCCACAGGGAGGCAUGCCCCGAAAUAAUUCGUACCCCCAGCAGCAGUUUGCCCAGCAGGGGAACCCGGGCUCAUACGGGGCCAUGAUGAUGAAUGGGGCCAUGCCAGUCAAUGGCAGCGGGGGCCAUAUGGGGCAGAUGCCAGGGCAGAUGGGCAUGAAUCCCAUGGGUAUGGGGCGGAUGCCAAUGGGACCUGAUCAGAAGUAUUGCUGAGCUCGGAGCAGAGCCGCCUGUGUGCUAGCGGAGAGUCACUGUGAACCCUGCGGAGAAGCGCAUGCUCUGUGUGUGCAGGCUGCCUCUCUCUGCCCAUUUUAACAGACUGAGCCCUGCUCCUCCACUCCUGGCCCAAUAUGUGCAGUUUCUCACCUUAAGGACAAACCCCACAGGAUAUAGAGUACAACGUGCUGACACGUGGUGGGUGGGGCUACUACAUAUGUAAAUGUGAGACUGUGACACACACACACGCACACACACACAUGCACAUGAUGUGCGGCUCUCAUGUCUUCAGAGUCUAUAUCUAGUUUUUUGGAGGGGGGGUCUUAAUCUCUUGGCUGUGUCUUUUCCCCGCUGGAGGUACCUUCACUAACCUGACUACAUGGAAAAUGGUUUCAUCCAACACCGCGUGAAAAGGUUGCCUCAUAUGUAGAAUGUACAUCAUGCAGUAUUUAGCCUUUGAUGUGGGAACACUCACUUUGAAAUACGAUGGGUUAAGGUACUACGCAAAAAGAUUUUAGUUGCGGUUGCACUUUACGGAAAGGUUGAUAUUGGAAGGAUUGUUGCAAUAUUUCUUGGUCAUUAUAGCCUUAUUCAAAAAUUAAUGCACACAGCAAACCUUGUCAUUCUUUUGUUUUUCUUUCUUUUCUAAACGGGGACCCAUUUAAAUUGAAAAAAGGUUAUAAAUGAAAAGCAGUAAGCACAGAUGUCUAUAUUAUGCAGAUUUAAGCAAUAAUCUCUAUGCUUUAGGCUGAAAUUGACAUGGAGCAUCCUCUACUCAAAGCAAAGGUACUGCAGUAUUACAUGUGAUGUCACACAUUUUGAAUUUUCCUGUCUGUGAAUAUGAAUUGUAAAUAUGCUUAAAAUGUAUUAUAUGCUUUUGUAGGUCACAUACCAUUUUUGCACAGAUUGUAAGGCUUGAUAUUUAAAGUAUAAUUUUCUUAUUCUCUGUCUUGUAGGUCAAUACAGCUUUUAUUUCCAAUAUUUCAGUUUGGGAAGUAAAAGGAAGGGGGCCCUCUUUCACCAGUACUCAUAUUUAAGUAUGUAUUUCGAAAGCUGAAACAGCAAGGCCAUUUUAUUCUUUUAAGAAAGGCACUUUUUUAUUUCUGAAAUUAUAAUCAUGAAAUUGUUUUGUUUCCAGGAGGGUAGUUAAAGUGCUGAGUUGUAGUGUGAGCUUGUACUUUGAGAUUGCAUUUUAACAUAGCAAAGACUUUUUAUAAACUUUCUCAACCAUACAUGUGAGACUAACAAGUAAGGCACACACAGGAUAUUCCCAGUCUGAUGAUUGUGGGGACUUCUGGUAACUGUGUAUGCAGAAGGUUGCAUUUAGGGACAGGCUUAUUUUUGGGUUUGGAUUAGCAUUGUACACACCUAGUACACAUCUGAUAAAUACUCCAUUCCUUUCUGACAAUUCCAGUUUCACCCAUUUGCUGUGCCCUAGUCUUUUCUAAGCUUUGUCUGUGCAUUCUCACCAAAAUAAUCUAGUUUACCACUCAAAAUGGAGUUCAAAUCCAAGUCCAUCACCUGUCUUAAGAAGCUGUACAAAUAUCUGUGAGAAACCAGGGUUUGAAGGUAGGGCUAUAAACACAGUCCUGUGAGAGCUUUACCUGGUUUGGGACAGACUGUGAAACAUGCUUUCAUUUAACUUAGCGGUGCUUAUAUUAGGAUUCAGAAAAAGGGUUGAGAUGGAGGAUGUUUUUAUCUAUUUAAUUAUUCUCCUACCUUAGUCUUUAAGGUCCCUUUGGGCCUUUUUAUUUUCAUUUAAUUUUUAUUUGCCUUUCUUUACACUUGAUACUCUGAGAGGUCUACCUUGUAAGACAUGCGGAAUCCAAAGAUUUUUUUCCCCCCUGUGUUUCAAAUAGUUUCUGGUGUUGAUGGUCUACAUGCAUUUCUGCAUGUGUACGUUAGGGUACACACGCAGAUGCAUAUGAAUAUAUAUUAUAUUAUUUUGUAUAUUGUAUGAUACAGUGUAGAAUUAAUCUGUUUCUCGGUCUGCAAUGCUCAUGCUUAUUUUGCUCAUUGUCUUCAAAUAAAUGGCCAGUGAACAGCCUCUGGCAGUGUUGCAGGGGAAGAGAGUGUUUUAGAGACUCUUUGCUGGUGAACCCUAUGUCUGUUUAUCAAAAGUUGCAGUGAAAUUUAAACUCAUUGAGAAAGCAAGACUAAACGUUAACCCAUCUAUUAGAAUGACACCAGAAUUGCAAGUGUUAAAAGACAAUUGCUGUCUUUUUAAUUUCAUAGGAUUUUUUUUUUUUUUGAAGUAACAGUAAGGACUGGGUUUGCUUCUUCAAAAAAUGAAGCUGAGUGGAUUUUUUAAUAAUUAUUCUUAAUGAAGUAAAUUCAAAAGAUAGAAAUGCAUACAAAAAAUACAGCAGGACAUCUGUCUAUGCUCCGCUUUUAAUGAUUGAAAAAAUAAAAAAAUCCUCCUUGCUCUGUACUCUUUGUUAAACGAAAAAGAGAAAAAGUAACAUUAAAAUUAUGCCAUCAUAAUUUCAGGAUGUAAAUUACUGUUGCAUUUUUUUCUUACUUGUUUCUUGAUGUUAAUAUUGAUGUAAAUACAAAUUUCUAUUUAAAA